AUGGACAUUGACUUCGGUUUCGAGCAGAGCAACAUCUCAGCAAGCGAUGUCUACAACGCCCUCCCCAAUGACGCUCUCUUUUCAUAUUCGAGCAUCGACAGUCUCUUGGCCGAAUUCGACGUUUAUACCCACGGAUCCCAGGACGGGGUGUCGCAUGCUACACACGAGAGCUCAGUAGACUAUCUUCCUCUCCCCGUCGAUGGAUUUCCAGUUGACUUUUUCCUCAACGACCUGGCGCGUGGAGGGGGCACCAGUGUGUUCAGCUCCGCCAACAGCUCUAUGGAACCCGUUCUCACGUCCGAUCUCGAUUCAUCCCAAACACCGCCUACAGCCACUGGCAAUCUUGGUGCAUGCGGCACCACGAAUAUCCAGAGAGAGGACGCGGGUGACGCCGCUCCCGAGGAAAUUUGGCCGCCCUACGAGUUCCUUUUUCCUGGUUUCAGCCCAGAAGAGGAUGAAGAAGUCGUGCCCCCAUUCGUACAAAUGCGCUGCCAGUGGGGAGAUUGCACUGAAUACCACAGGAUCGACAAGAUGUGGUCGGAUCACAUCAGCAAGGACGGCGGGCCGCACCGGCGAGAUCUUUACGCGUCCAAGGACCGCGACAAGGUGAAAUGUUUGUGGGACCAUUGCACCACGGUUGCGAAACUCGGUAGCUUGAAGAAGCACAUCGAGGACUGUCAUCUCAACUUACGCAGGCUUAGCUGCGUGUACUGUGGAUAUGAGGCGCGCAAAGAUGCGUACAGUCGUAUGCACGGCUUUGCCCGUGACUGUCGCCAUAACCCGCGCGUCAAGGAGGCGCACCAGCGCCUCAUAUUCUCUUUUGCCCCUGCACCCCUUGACCCGUCGACGCCCCUUCCCACGAUCGGACAUAUGGCCUCCGGCAGCCAGUCUUCUCGCUGUCUCACCUCGACCUCCCAGAGCGUCCGGUACACGCCGUAUCCGCAAGCGUCCACUGAUGCGUCUUCUACCGCUCGCUCCAGAAAGGCAUCACGGAGGGACCGUCGGAAACGGGUCGUCACACCCCCAACUUUCAUUCCUGUAAUCCCAGAGUACCAAGAAUUCCUUCGAUCCGCUGGCGCAUCCUACAGCUCAGGCGACUUCCAGGGCUCCCGCUCUUCUUCACUUGGAACGCACAUGGUUGUGCCCGCACAAUCCCCUCGGAACUUGCCUGCUGCGACCCAUCAUUCCACCGUGUCCGCGCCGGUCGCACUGUCCCAGCCGUCAGAGCUUAGUGCGAUGCCAAUGCACGGCGCCGUGUAUGGCGAUGUUGGGGCUCUAGACGGACAAGCUGCUUUGGACGCUAUGUUCCGAGAAGCUUUUCCAGAACCCCCUACGACGGCCAGCGAAGCGCCUGCAACCUCGGACGAUCUCUCUUGGAUCGACAACAUCUUGAACGGGUCCGGCUGGAAUGUCUGAAUACCCUGCGCACCGCCGUUCCGCCGUGCUCGCUUCUCUUUAUUGCACCUUGCCAUAGUUCUCCCGGGUUUCUGCUGUGCUUGACGGAUGUCCACUGUAUUCCCUUAUAGGUUAUCAUCUUACGUAAUUGUUAUAAU